CCAUAUUACCCUUACAAUAAUACAAAAUUCCAAUUUUAGCCCUAACCUAAUUUCAUCUCAUUCUAACGAUUCAUUUCACUGUAACUGUGCACGCUCUCUCUUCUCCCGACGGCGACGUGAAUGGCGAUCUCAACCUGAACGGCGGCGAACGGCGGCGAGCGGCGGAGAAGGAAGCUGAACAACACAGUUUCCUUCAUCUCUCUCGAUCCUCUUUCUUCUGAAUCAUGUCUACCUCUAAAAGAGAGACGUGGACAACAGAGAUGAACAAUGCUCUUAUUGAUGCCUUUGUUCAUCAAGUAAGUGCGGGAAACAAACAAGGUGGGACCUUUACAUCAAUAGCAUACACCAAUAUAACAAAGGAGAUGUCCGAAAAGUUUCAAAGACCUUUUGACAAGGAAAAGGUGAAAGAUAGAUGGAAAUUGGUGAAAAGAAAUUUUACUAAAUGUCAUGACAUUUUCAAUGGCAUGAGCGGUUUUGCUUGGAAAUCAGACACACAUAUGUGGGAUGCUUUACCUGAAGUUUGGAAAACAUUAAUUGAGGCAAAACCUGAAGCUGCACAAUGGAUGAACAAACCUUUUGUUAAUUAUGACAAAUUGGUUAUUGCUUGUGGAGAUGAAAGGGCCACUGGAGGAAAGGUUAUGAAUGAUGAAGAUAUUCGCCAAAAUCAUCCCCUCAAUCGUGAGUCAGAAUCCAUUGGUACUAGUGACCAGGUGACACUAGAGAGUUUGCAAGAGGGCGGCAAUGAGCAGGAUGUCACUUCUCCUGAGGUCCAAAUUCCCCCAGAACCUAGAGCCAAAAGAUCUAGAAAGUCCCGAGAUGAAGAUGAAGUUGAAGGGAUAAAAGCUGCCCUUUUGAACGUUGCUGAUGCUUUUAGAGAGAGUACUGCAUCUCAUGAUAAGUAUUUUAAAGACAGCAUUGCAGCUUAUGAGAAAGCUAAUUUAAAACUUCCAAUUUCAGAAGAAGAAGUUUUUAAACUUCUUGAGGAAUUGCAAGUGGAUAGUCAUAUGAUCAUUCGGGCAUAUUCUUAUCUUCUAGAGUUUCCUGAGAAGGUUAGAGCUUUACUUGGACUUCCAAAACACUUGCGGAAGAGUUUUCUAUUAGAAUCGAUGGUUGGUCAAGGUUACUCGUCAAGGUAAUUUAUCCAUUUUCUCAACAAGUCAAGGUUAUAUCUUGGCAUUGGUGUAUGAGUAGGUUGAAGAUUGCAGCUUGUUUACUAAUGGUUGUUUCAUCUCUACAUAUUGUUUUUGGUCUCUAAUGAGGAUCUUGAAGUCCUAGAUUAUGACAUUAGUAUAGAAUUUUGUAAUCUUGUAUUGGGAUUUAGUUACUAGCAUAUUUGACACAUUUGUCAUUUUUAUGUCAUGUAUUGAUAUAACAGGAUAUGUUGCAUUUUCA